UUGAGCUCGGCUAUGUUGUGCGGGGCCUUGAACGCCUUGCAACACGCGCGUAAAGAGGUCCGCUCAUUUUGGGCGAGCGUUUUCCCUCGUAGAAAUUGGACUUUGCCUUCCGUUUCUCUUUAAAAUUCUCAUUGCCUUUCUGGAGAGGAGUAUUUCCAGGUUUCUUCUCCGGUCAGCUCUGUUACCUACCACCUAGCCUUUGUCUGCCUUCACAAUGAAGAAAGCCCCACGGAAGAAUCAGGGCGAGCGCUACCGCUUGAAGUUCCGGCGUUUGCGCCGUGCAGCCAAGGUACUGGUUUAUGAGAACGCAGCUUUGUGUGACGAGAUUGCCCGACUUGAGGCAAAAUACCUGCGUGUGCGGGAAGAGCGCCGUUUCUUGCUCGCUCGGCUUUUGCAAGCCCAGGCCUUGGCCGACGAUGAGUCUCCCGUGCCUGUCGCUGCUGCAGUUUCACAGCCGUCCCCGGACGAGCCAACUGUCCGCAAGCCUCGCCGAGAGCGCAAAGGCAAAGAGAACGGUCGGGCUUCCAGACGUAGGGUGGCAACAGAGCCAGGAAUCCGCCGGCUGGUUCCCCCGCUUCCCUUAGACCCUUCUGGCUGUCCCGUUUUUCCCAUCACGUUGGGAUCGCUGACUGUCUACAGCCUGGGUGAAAUCGUCUCUGACCGUCCCAGUUUCCACACAGAGAGCGCCAUCUAUCCUGUGGGGUAUCGCAGCACCAGGAUUUUUGCUAGUGCACGCAGGCCAGUGCACCGGUGCCUCUAUACCUGCCAGAUCAAGGACGGUGGUGCUGGGCCACGCUUUGAAAUUGCUCCUGAGGACGACCCAGGUUGUGUCGUCGCUGGCCCUACACCAGAUGCCUGUCAUGCUCAGCUCCUGGAAGCUGUAGGUGCAGCACAGCUGGAGCCAGCAGGCGCUGAGUUCUUUGGUCUCUCGCACUCGGCCAUCCAGCACCUCAUCCAGAGCUGUCCGGGAGCAUGCAAGUGUGUUGGGUACCGCUGGUUGCGCUUUGAACUGUAUCGCCCGGCAGAUGGGCCCCCGCCUGAGGGGUUACCUUCAGGAAACCCUGGAACUGACUAUGAGGCUUUCCAAAACCAAGGCUUGGCAGGGCCAGUGGGCCUGGACUUCCCGGAAGCCACUCCUUCGCCACCCAGUGGGAACGGCUAUGCAGAACUCUUCCUGCCCUGUGCUCCGUCAGGGGGAUCCCCCAUCCCCCAGAGCCCAGAAAGUGACACAGACUGAACCUUGCCAGAUAUGCACCUCUGGAGAGCAGGGAGCAUCCCCUGCUGCCCUUAAACUUCCCUGUGGCAGAGACUUCAUGGACAACCUAAACUGCU